CUCAAAUUGGGUUAUCUCUGCAGUUGUGUUUUGGACCAGAGAGAGGGCCUCUCCAUAUGAUCCAAAAACGCUGAGGGCUCAAAGAGGGAGAUACGGCCCUUCUUCAGUCCUAGGCCCAAGUUCUGGUGAUUGGUGCGUGGCUGAGAGGUUUAGGCCACUGUCCUUGGACCACAGUGAAUUUAAGGGGAGCUGAAUCUGUGUUGCACGUAAUACUCAUCCAGUGGAGUGAACUUGUGGGACUGAGUGUUGGCUGAGGAGAAGGGGCAAAGGUUCUGCCGGUAUGGCGGCGGAUUCAGCAUGCAACAAUAAAGUUGAAAGUGUAAUAGGCUGUCAUGUUGAAGAUGCCAUAACAUUUUGGGCACAGAACAUUAAUAAACAUAAUGAUAUGUUGAAGAUCAGCUGUGCUCUAGCUAGAGCCUGUCCUCAAGGGAGCCCAGUUUUUGGCAAUCCUGAUCUUGCAAAGAUCUAUGGAGGAUGCUUUUCUGAAGAUAAAUGCUGGUAUAGAUGUAAAGUACUGCAGAUUAUCAAUGAUGAAAAGUGCCAGGUAUUAUAUAUUGACUAUGGAAACUCUGAGCUUCUCAGUCGAUCAGAAAUAGUCGAGAUUCCAGCAGACUUGCAGUUUCCUAGUUUGGCAACAAAGUACAGAUUAUGGGGAUUACAGAUUUCUGUGAAACAAGAUUUAAAUCAGUUUGACAAGGGCCGGAGUUUUCUGAACAGCUUGAUUUUUGAAAAAGAGAUGAAGAUAAGAUAUAAGUCCACUUCUCAAGAUGGUGCCCUUGUGGUCCAGGCAGAGUGUGGCUUAUUGGAUGUUGGGGAAGAAAUGGCUAAGAAAGGAUUUGCUGAUAGGUACAUAUUCCCCCCAAACAGUGAUGCAGAAAAUGGUUCUUCUUUGUACCAGGCCAAGAUGAAUGCCAGUACUCCAGCUUUGAUGUGGGCAGCCAGAAGUGGACUCUCAGCCAACAGGAAUGUAAUAGGAGGCAUUAGUGAUCAUGCUGUGUCUACAAGUGGAAGGAAUGAAAACAAUACUUCAAACCGUGUGCCAUUGAUGAACCGGGAGAAAAUGGUGGGUUGUGAUUUAAGAAGAGUGUCAAACAUUAGCCUGGACAAAAUCAAACAAGAUCAGAAAAUGAUAGCGGAGAAUGAAAAACUAAAAGAGGAGAAUGAAAAGCUAAAAAAGGAGAAUGAAAAGCUAAAAGAGGAGAAAGAGGCCUUCAAAGAGGAAAACAAAAAUUUUCUCCAUCAGCGUGAAGAGCUGGAGUCAAAGAUUCAGAAGCUUACUCAUGAUUUAGAGGAAGAGAAGAAAGCUUACAAGGAAAACCUAGCUUACCUAGAAAACGUUCUGCCUACAUAUGUAGGAACUACAGUGAAAAAUUUGGCUGCCAGGUUUGAGAAAUUGAAGGAAGCAAGGAAAAGCAGUAUGGGUACUCAUUUUGGAGAAGACUUUUCAGAAGCUGUAAAGGUGGUGAAAGAAGGAUGUCUUGCUGCUCCUUGUUCUUUGGAAAAGUUGGAGAAGAUUUGGAUAGACUAUAACUCUGCUCAAGAGGAAAUUCGCCUUUGCAAAGAUGUGGAUGAUAUUCAGCACUUGAUUCUUCACAGAAAUGAAGUACAAAAGAAGUUGUACUCCGCUAUGGAAGAAUUUAUCCUAGAAGUGAAUGAUUUGCCUCUUUCAAAACGCUUGGAAGUACUGCAGAGAUUGCAGGGAUCUUUGGAGGCUUCAUGUGGUCAGGCUCAUUAUGAAGCAGAGAGUUCUGAUGAAGCAUUUGAGAAGUUCUUCGAGUGGAAGAAUGUGAAGCUGGAAGAAUUCAGCCGGGUCAGGAAUGCCACAGAUGCUUCCUUGCAAAAUCUUGUGACAUGUUUUAGCAAAAUAACUCAGUUCUUUAACAUGAGCCCGGAUUUGAAAUAUGAGGAUGUUGCUGUCAGUGUGGAUGAAGUUCUCAAGAAGACUGAGAUGGAUAUUUCUCAAGAGCUGGACCUUUAUCUUACUGAGCCAAAUGAAGCAGACAGAAAAAUAAUCUUAAAUGUGUACAAUGAGGUUAUGCAUAAGAUCCACCAAGAAGAGCAACUAUUAAAUACUGUCUAUCACAGAUAUCUCGACAGUGUUGAGUUCAAAAAACAGAUCGUGGGAUGGCUGGAUACAAGUCCUAACAUUGACAACUUGUUACGGAUUAAGAAUAAAAUGAAAAACAUAAAGGCUCAGCUGAGAUGGAAGCUGGUAGAAAAGAACAACUUGGAAGAAUCCGAUGAUUACCAUGAGUCUAAAAUGGCAAAAAUAAAAGAGGAAAUCACUGCACUGCGAAAUGGUAUCUUUCAGGAAAUAUGCAAGGAACAAGACGAAUAUGAGACACUUCAUCAUCUGGUGCGGACAUGGUUCCCUGAGCUGCCACUUCUUCAUCCCAAGGCUGGAAUUCUCAAAUAUAUGAACUCAGGAGGGCUUCUUACGGUCAGUUUGGAACGUGAUUUUUUAGAUGCUGAACCAAUGAAAGAGCUGAGCACAAAGCGUCCUGUGAUUUGCUCUGAAGUUCAAGGGCAAAAAGUUCUCCUAAAGGGGUACACUGUGAAUAUAAAAACUGAAACAGGAGUGAUAGAAAGAGCAGCAAAGUAUCACAAAGUCUGGAGAGAAAUGAAAGAGGAAUCUGGUCUAAUGCAGUUGAUGUUCCUGUUUUUAUGCAAGUCUGACCCUGUUGCGUAUCUGAUGGUCCCUUAUUAUGCUGGAGCAAGUCUGGGCAUAGUGCAGAGUACCGCACCUUUAACUCCAGGGGAAAGCUUAAAGGUAAUGAAAGGAAUAGUCCGUGGUCUGCACACACUACACAAAGCUGAUAUAAUUCAUGGGUCACUGCAUGAAAACAACGUAUUUGCUGUAAACCGAGAACAAGGAAUUGUUGGAGAUUUUGACUUCACAAAAUCAGAGACUCAGCGUGUUAUGCUGAAUUCCUUGGCACUGAAUGGUUUCAGUUUAACUUCUCCUGAAGUAAGACAGGGACAGCCACCAUCUCCAGCUUCAGAUAUGUAUGCUUUUGGUUGCCUACUCUACUGGCUAUUUAUUGGAAACCAAGAGUUUAAAAUAGACAAGGACGGGAUUCCUCAAGUGGAUGGCCUUCUAAUGGUUAAUAGAGUUAAAUCUCUGCUCUUGAAUCUUCUGUGCUUGAACAAUCGGAUGACUUCAGAGCAGGUGGUGAAUGAUAGCUGUUUCCUGUUGUCUGAAAUGAUCACAGUUCCACCAGAACAAGGACAAGCUGAAUGUGGAAGUGAAGGCGCAAGAACAGAAGAUACUGAAAGUGUGACUGAAGGAAGCCAGGAUGGAGAAAUUGCACCUUUAGGAACUAUACAACUAGAUGGUUGUGAAUGUUUUCAGAGUGUAAAUUCAAACUAAACAAAAUUAAUUUUUUUGGCAUAAUUUGGGGGUACCAAAGGGAACCUUUCUAAACUUGCAAUUUUAAAAUCUACAAAAGAAUACAUAGGCUGAUCUAGAAAGUUUUAUAUGUAUGUUUCCUGCUUUGGCCUUGAAUAUGUUUUUUGUGUGAACUGAGGUCCUUUAUGGAUAGUUGAUAUCCAUGGUUGAAUUGUGGGUUCAGUUUCUUUAAUAUCUCAUUUUCCUUCUGCAGUCAAAAUUCUUUUUACUUGUCUUUCAGAAUUCUGGGCAUUGCUUUUCUCAGUGAAUGGAACUUACCAAAUUGCUUUAAAGAACGUGUUUUUUUUCCUUUAAUGAUUUUGCUUUUGCAAAAACAGUAUUUAAGUAUGUAUUCAAGAUUGAUUUGAAUAAA